AUGUGUCUAGUCUGUGGAUCUCCAGAUGCUGAACCUCAUUUUGGUGGGAUCUCAUGUCGUGCCUGUGCUGCAUUUUUUCGUCGAUACUUCCAUUCCAAAAAGGUUUUCACCAGAUGUACAUGCAAAACAAGAGAAUCGAACUCUCAUCCGUGUAGAAAUUGUAGAAUAGUGAAGUGCUUUGCAGCUGGAAUGAAGCCAGACAAAGUGCAAGCUACUCGUGAUAAACAUUCAAAGAAAUCUCUGGAAAACUCACCUACCGGCACUCUUCCGUCCUUGUUAUCUGCCCGAAUAGUAUCCCGGGACUCGUCGAGUCUUACUUUCGCUACGUCAAACUGGCGGGAGUUUGAAAUAUUGAGAGACAAAAUGAAUGGAGGAAAGAUCGGAUACAUGAACAUAUUCCAAUUGAGUAGUACAGUAAGACAAGACAUUGAAUUGACAUGGAAAAUGGUCUACAAUUUAUUCCCAGCGACAGUGAAUUUGGAAGAUACUGAUAAGUCAGCUCUUCUCCGGAACUUCCAGUUGAAAUUAUGGCAAAUUGAGCCAAUUUUGGAAAAUAUAGAAAACGCGGAGAAGUAUGCAAUGAUGGAUGCAGAAGAAUUUGAGAAUCUCAUUGUACACUUCUACGAAGGAACUUUCCCAAAGGGACAAGAAUUGUCGAAAACUGAAAUUUUGAAAAUAUUCCAAUCAAUCUGGAUAUAUUAUUAUACGAAAAUGGUGUUGCCAAUAGUUUAUAUGGAUUUGGAGAGAGCUGAGUUGAUGGCGAUCAUUUGGUUACUUUUCUUUGAUAACGGAUACACGAAUAUCUCUCCGGACUGUAUGGAAAUGUGUCGAAAUAUUAAGAAAGUGAUUCUUCGGGAACUGAAGAAUUAUCAAAACGAAAAGGAUUUCGAUGAUAUGCGAUUCAUUGAAACAAUCGAGACAUUACAACUUAUCGAGAGAGGAGAGAAAAAGUUUAUGGAAGAAAUGAUGAUUUGUGAAAUGUAUAAUGUCAGAAUACACGAUGAUUUCAAAGCGAUACUCAAGGAGAGUAAACUAUAA